AUGUUUGGGAUCCUGAUUUGCAUCCUGAUGCUGCGGCAGGUGCUCUCUGCCUGCGUUGUGGUGAACGUUUGCCCAGAUACCACAGUGGUUCAGAAUGAGAUCGUUGACCAGCACAAUGCCUUCAGGAGAGCGGUUGAUCCACCAGCUUCCAACAUGCUGAUGAUGAGCUACAGUGAGGAGGUGGCAGCCAGUGCUCAGGCCUGGGUGGACAGAUGCAUCCUGGCUCAUGGAGAGCCCAGCACCCGAAUGCUCAAUGGAUAUGAAUUAGGUGAGAACCUGUUCUAUUCGUCCAAAUCGUUCCCGUGGACGGACGUCAUCGGUGCCUGGCACAGCGAGGUGUCACGCUUCCAGUAUCCCAACGUGUCCACUGAUGGAAAAGCUAUCGGUCACUACACACAGGUGGUGUGGAACAGCUCCUAUAAAGUCGGCUGUGGAAUGACGCUGUGCCCCAACAACAUCUACUUCUACGGCUGCCACUACUACCGAGCAGGAAACUUCAGGUUUUGGCCGCCCUAUAAAGUGGGACCCCCCUGUGCUUCCUGCCCCGGCGCCUGUGUAGAUAACCUCUGCACCAACCCUUGUCCUUACAUCAACGAGUUCAUCAACUGUCCAGCCGUGGUAGCGACGAGGGGAUGCAACAAGCAGGUGGUUGCUCUGUGUCCUGCUGCGUGUCAAUGCAGCGACAAAAUCAUUCCAAUAGCCUGAAGAGGAAUCCUCCAGUCGGCAAAUGUUCACACUAUCUUCACGAGAUUCUCUGUCUGUGAAGUUAGCCAAUACCAUGUAAGCUCUUUAGGAAUAUGAUGAUGAGACAAGCAGGACAUACUUGGAAUAAAAAUCGGGUUCAGGGUUCACUGUCUGAAGCUAUAGGGGAUGUUUGGGGAGUGUUUUAAAAUGUCUGACAUAUAAAAUCAAAACCUUUUUUCCUUCACCAGAGGAAAUAUUCACAUUCUUGCACUUAUUUCAAGUUGGAUUUCAGGUAUAAUCUGAACU